AUGGUGUCUCCUGCUAUCGCUCUGGCCUUUCUUCCCCUCCUGCUGACACUAAUCAUCAGGUACCGGUACUACUUUGUGCUGUUUUAUCGGGCUGUCCUUGUCAGGAUAUGGAGGGACUGUGUCACCGGUCUGAGCAGAGAGGAGCGAGCCUUCCAGUAUGUCCUCACUCACGCCACCCCUGGAGACCCUGACAGCAUCCUGGAUGCCUUUGAUAUCUGGUGCAGCAAGGUGGAGUACAUUAGCAACAUUGGGCCCAAAAAAGGUGCGGAAAAUUACCUUGAAUGACAACUUCUCUUUUUCAAGACAUGAUCUCAUACUUAUGCACCUAUUUUUUGUUUGUGAAAGUAGGAAAGAUCCUGGAUCGGCUUCUGAUGGAGCAGAGCCCUCUGACAGUGCUAGAGUUGGGUGCGCACUGCGGGUAUAGCACUGUACGGAUUGCAAGGGCUCUACCCCUGGGUGCCAGGCUCUACAGUGUUGAGAUGGACCAGAAGAACGCUGCUAUUGCUGAGAAAGUCAUCCGCCUGGCAGGGUUUGAUGAUGACACAGUAAGACAGCAUAAACAUGUUCUUUAUUUACAACAUUUUGGCAUCUAUAAGUUUUGAUUAAAAAAAAAAAAAAAAAAAAAAACCUUGGGGAUUUUUUUUUGUCAGGCAUAGCAUAUUAUAUAAAAUACAAACAGUGGUAAAAGCUCCUAGCAGUCAACCCAUGGAGAUGUGAUCUUAGGUCCCAUUUUUGAGUAUUAAACAUAGAUUUUAUGGGGUUCAUGCCUCCCUUCUCCACCCCUUAAUUCACCCCUGAUAAGCUCUAAAUGACUCAUGAACAAGCCACCACUAUUAUUUGCUCUUACAUUUAUCUGAAUCAUUUGUCAUACGUGAAGCUUCAUACCCAUGUUGUGUCUAUGCUCUGUUUUCCAGGUGGAGCUUAUUGUGAAUCCGUCUGAUGAGGUCAUCCCUCAAUUGCGGUCUGACUAUGGUUUGGAAAAGUUGGAUUUCGUCUUUAUGGACCACUGGAAGAAAUGUUACGCCCCAGAUCUGCAGGUGACUACACCACAUAUUCAGACAUACGGGUUAUUACAAUUCAAAAUAAGGGUUUAAAGUAAGCCUCAAUAGAUUUAUUGAAGACUAAUACUUUUGUUUAGCUAAAAGGUUUCUAUAGCUUGUUUCUUUAAAUACAGUUCUAGUCCCUGUUGUUACCUUGCAAUGAUCCUUCGUCUGUGUUUCACAGAUGCUGGAAGGCUCUGGCCUCCUGGGAAAGGGGACCAUGAUUGUGGCUGACAAUGUGCUGUUCCCUGGGGCACCGAAGUUCCUGAGACACAUUCGCAGGAGUGGACUGUACGAGUGGAAGGUUCACCGGGCCACUCUGGAGUACAGCACAGGCAUCAGGGACGGGAUGGCUGAGCUGGUGUAUCAGGGAACCAACUAG